AUGCCCACGACCAUUCGCUCUUACUCGUCAAACUUUUUCACAGAAAUUACAAGUCCGCUACCACUUCUCACUUCCCCAAGAAAUGAUGGUCCUUCUACAACUAUAACAUCAACCUUUGAAACAGUUGUAAACAUGAACGCUCUUCCUUGCUUUCAAUCGCUACCCGAAGAAUUAUUAGUAUUCAUUUUCACAUUCCUUCCAUUGCAAUCGAUUCAUGUGCUUUUUCAAGUGUGUAAAUAUUUUCAUUCGCUAGCGCAAAGUGAUUGUAUUUGGAGACAACAAUUUGUAAAUCUCAUGGUAUUGAGUCAUCAUCAGGCACAUGUUUCAUCUACAGAAAUUACCACAAAUGGAAAUAACCAAAAUGGAAAUUCUACGAAUCAUUUAAUGUCUUUGGCGAAUAGCAUUCUUCCAAUGAGACAGUUAUUUUCCACCUUCUCCAUUUCGAAAAUUAUUCAAAAACUACAAUCUCAGUACUUGACAUUAUUUCAAAAUUCCAUUCAAGAUUUCACACAAGUGCAUCCGGCAAUGACGCAACAUCUACAUCACAAACAACGAGAAGUCUCCAACUGUGGAGGAUUAUUAUUAGAUCCAGAUUCAUAUGUGACCAAUCCAUUACGAAGAAGAUUCAUUGCCAAACGGAGAGGAAUGGGAUGGAUGCUGAAUCAGCUCCUUCACAAUGAAUUUGUCAUUCAAUGUUUAUUGGUUCGAGAAUUGUUGAAAGAAAAUGUUUCUCAAAAUUUUCAAAUUCAUGUGAAACCAGAAUUUUACGACCACUCGAACGUGACUCACGAAAUGAAUGAGUGUUGGAGUGACUAUCACAAACAAGAGCCUGAAGAAUCUAUCCAUGUCCUUAAUGAUUCAAUUGAAACAGAGUCUGUCGGGAACACUCAUUCCAUUUCUUCCAUGAAUUUCAAUGAAAAUGACGAAUCUAAAUUGUCUCAACAUUUUCAUCCUUCUGCAACGAAAACCACUCAACUCUGUAUGGAAACUCAUCACCACCAUCCGCAAGAUUCAAAAUUUCCCACUCCAUGUAAUUGUUUUUACAUUUUAUGUGAAUAUCUCAUGAAAAUGAAUCAUCACUAUGGUAAAAUCGAUUCGAGAGAAUAUUUAGGUUUGAGAAUGAUUAAGGCACUGAAAAUUUAUCAAACAUUUGUCUUUCCAGUGUGUCUUGCCUUGUUGAUAUUAUUGAGCAUGUGUUUACAUGGAGCGUAUUUUGAAUUUUGGAACAAGUCGAAAGCAGACAUUUAUGUGUUGGGAUUGAUUGCUUCCGUGUUGUUGCUGAUGGGUAGUUGGUUGUGGGUGUUGUGUAUCUUUGUCAGUUUCUUACUUCAAGCUAUUGAAAAGAGUUUUCACUGCACAAGUUCAAGACCUUCACAAGAAUUUAAUUCCAUUUUGUGUAUCUUUUACAUGUCCAUGCAAUGGCUGCCUGCAUUGAGCAUGUGUUAUUUUGUGAAAGCAUUCAUGAAUUCCAGUGUUCCAUUCUUGGCUCUUUCUGGAAUUUCCUUCUUCCUCAUUGGAUGUAACAUGUUUAUACUGUAUCGAUUUCGAUUGUUGAAAUGUGCGAGUACUUUUGAAAAAUUGGUUGGAAUUUUAGGCAUGGUAAUCUUGUUCAUGAUGUUUCUAGUUACCAUUCCCAUUUCUAUUAAGGUCGAUUUUCAAUUGAAAUUAUUUUCUGGAUAUGUAUCGAUUGUGCUGUGUGCGCCGUUGGCUUUGAUUGUCUUUGUGUUUCAAACACAAAUGUAUGUCGUGGUUCAGGCAUUCGCCUAUUGGUUUCGAACCACAUUGGUUCAUCCGUUGAGAGUGAGCAUGGGAUCGGCAUUUGUGUUAGCAUCACUCAUAUCAGCUUUUGUGAGUGUUCCUGCUGUGGUUGGAAUUGUGUUAAUGUCGUUGCGCAUCGAUGGACUGAUUUCAUGGAAUUAUUUGUACUUGUGCACACCGUUUCUUGUGACCUUGUUGAGUCAAUUUGCAAUUAUUGCACAAUUUCUAACGUCGAGAUAG